UCUCAUUUGUAGGACCAGCAGUUCAGUCUUCUUGGGGUCUUUCUUCGAAACAAGAGAGUUUCAUAACCAGUGUGGUGUUUACCGGAAUGCUGUUUGGAGCGUACUCAUGGGGCAUUGUCUCAGAUAACUAUGGCCGUAGGUGGGCACUUUUCUUUCUUACAUUUUUCCUGUUCUGCUUACUCGAGGCGUGUUGAAUAAUGUUUAGAUCCCUGUGUGAUAUGUUGGGGUGAAAAGAGGUGCCUUUACAAUAUGUUUCAAUUGCCUAUAUUCAAUUUUGCAACAUGGUUCCAGCUAUGGUUUGAACACCUGGAAUGUUUCAUCUACCACCAAUUUUUGAGUAUAUGAAGGUACAAAUCUAGAUUAAUCACAAACAAUGAUAGAAGUGCUUUCUGUGGAGGUCGGUGACUCAGGCUUCUAUGUGCUUUUGUUUAAAUUCUUCACUUGAAAGUUGUAAAAAUUUUGUGAAAAAAAGUAAGAGUAUAUUUUGAAAAGUUAAAGAUAAAUUUAGCAUUAGGAGGCUGCCACCCAGAUCACAAGAUCUGAUGUCAAAGAAAGAAAUACAACUGAGAUCUUCAGAAACAUAACUGGUAAUCUUUUAAAUAUUUCUCAGAACUGCUGACAUUUUCUAGUACUGAACUACUGAUGAAUACUCCUUGUCUUUGGUAUAUGUAGUGUCUCUGUCACACUUCUACUCUUUUAGUGUUGCUAUCCUGCAUCUGAACUCUUUCCCUGUUGUAGAGUUUACUGUGAUUUUGAUUGCUCCUAGUUUCCUACUAAGCAACUCCACUGGUUCUUAUGUCUGGUCCUUCAGGAAAGGAUUCCUCAUUACAGCCAUGAUUACAUCUAGUGCUGGUUUUCUGAGUGCUUUUUCCCCUAAUUUUACAUCCUUGCUCAUUUUCCGUUGUUUGGUUGGUGUUGGCUUGGGAGGUGGACCAGUACUGUCAUCCUGGUUUCUUGAGUUCAUUCCUGCUCCUAGCAGAGGCACCUGGAUGGUUGUCUUUUCAGCUUUUUGGACUCUUGGAACAAUUCUCGAGGCUUCACUUGCAUGGUUUGUCAUGCCAACACUAGGUUGGAGGUGGCUACUUGCAUUAUCUGCGUUCCCUUCUUCGCUACUUCUUGUAUUUUAUUGGGUAGUACCUGAAUCACCAAGGUAUCUAUGUUUAAAAGGUAGAACAACUGAGGCAAUCACUAUAUUGGAGAAAGUAGCAAGACUGAAUGGUACAAAACUCCCUUCUGGAAUUCUUGUUUCAGAUCUAACUGUAGAGUUAUCCGAAAAGAGUAGUCCUUCGGAGGAUACAAAGUUAAUCUCUCCAGGGACAAAUGAAGAGGUGACUCCCAAGCCGAUGGAAUCAAAUAUGGGGGGCAUCUCUUCACUGUUAGCGCUUCUCUCCCCAAACUUAGUCAAGUCUACCUUGCUUUUAUGGGUAGUAUUCUUUGGGAAUGCUUUUUCAUAUUACGGCCUAGUGCUUCUGACGUCUGAGUUAAACGCACAUAGCCAAUGUGUGCCAAAUGAAGUACAGUCAGUCGCAUCUCAGGAUAUCAACUACAGAAAUAUUUUCAUUGCGAGUUUUGCAGAGUUACCUGGGCUCAUCAUAUCUGCUGCCACGGUGGAUAGACUUGGUCGUAAGCUUUCAAUGUCAGGCAUGUUCUUCCUGUGCUGCAUUUUUCUACUACCAUUGCUAGUCCAUCAGCCUGAAGGCUUGACCACUGCCCUUCUUUUUGGAGCUCGUAUAUGCAUCACGGGAACCUUCACAAUAGUCUACAUAUAUGCUCCCGAGAUAUAUCCAACAUCUGUCCGAACAACUGGUGUUGGAGUUGCAAGCGCAAUGGGAAGAAUCGGUGGGAUGGCAUGUCCUCUUGUGGCUGUAGCUUUGGUACACGGGUGUCAUCAAACAUCAUCCAUUCUGCUGUUUGAGGUUGUAAUUCUUCUCUCAGGAAUAUGUGUAAUGUUUUUCCCAUUUGAAACUAAGGGCCGGGAACUGAGCGACAGUGUAUCAUCUAGCUCAAAGCCGAUGGAUUCUUAUAUAUGACACUCAUUGCAUUACACCAUUCAUUUGCUAAACUUGAAAGGCGAAAACGAUACACAGGGAUUCUUUUCCAUUGUAGAAAGCCUGGCACGGAAGGGAUUUCCCCAGCAUACAAUAGAACAUUGAACAUCUCUGGUCAGAACUGUUUCUAGACUCCAGAAAAUUUAAGAUUUAAUAUGAAGCUUCCCAAUUAGUGCAUUGUGUAUUUACAGUAAUGAUUUUGUACGAUGAUGAUUUUGAUAGACAUCUCUGGUCAGAACUGUUACUAGACUCCAGAAAAUUUUAGAUUUAAU